AGUUUCAGAGGUUUAACUCACUAUAUUUUUCUGUUCUACACAGUUUGCUAAUCCUACUACCUCAACAAACAUUACUAAUUUGACAAGGAUGACUAAAAAGACUUACCUUGGCUUUGACUUCAGCACACAGCAGGUUAAAGCACUUGCAAUCAAUGAUGAUCUUGUCGUAACACAUGAGGCAUCAGUUCAAUUUGAUACAGAUUUACCAGAGUUUAAAACUGAAGGUGGAGUUCAUAUCCAUAAUGAUAAACUCGCUGUCACUGCUCCUACACUUAUGUGGGUGAAGGCAUUGGAUUUAUUGCUGGAAAAGAUCAAAGAUACUUUUGAUUUUUCCACGGUUGUUGCAUUAUCAGGUACUGGGCAGCAACAUGGUAGUGUUUACUGGAAAGAAGGAGCUUUGAAAAAACUUCAAUCACUCAAUGCGCAAUAUUCUCUUCAUGAUGAGUUAUCGACUGCUUUUUCUGUAAAUGACUCACCAAUAUGGAUGGAUUCAAGCACUUCUGAUAUAUGUAGAAAUAUGGAAAAAUCUGUUGGUGGUCCUCAAAAACUUGCUGAUAUAACAGGCUCUCGAGCAUAUGAAAGGUUUACAGCAAGUCAAAUUGCAAAAUUGCACCAAACUAAACCAGAUGUUUAUGAUAACACAGAGAGAAUUUCACUUGUGAGCAGUUUUGCAGCAUCUUUGUUUCUUGGAAAUUAUGCUGCCAUCGAUAACAGUGAUGGAUCAGGAAUGAAUUUAUUAGAUAUUUGCAAAAAAGACUGGAGUGAAGAAUGUCUCGCAACUACUGCUACAAAUUUGAGAGACAAGCUGGGAAAGCCUGUACCUUCCUGCUCAAAUUUGGGAUGUAUAUCUUCAUACUUUGUUGAAAAAUAUGGAUUCAAUCCAGAUUGCAGGAUAAUUGCAUUUACUGGUGAUAAUCCCGCAUCUCUUGCUGGGUGCCACUUGGGGCGGGGAGAUGUAAUCAUCAGUCUUGGAACAUCAGAUACCUUUAUGUUGUGGCUGGAUGAUCCAAAACCUAAGACAGAAGGCCAUGUGUUUGUGAAUCCAGUUGAUGAUAAUUCAUAUAUGGGACUACUAUGCUAUAAGAAUGGCUCGAUUACAAGAGAAAAAAUUCGCAAUUCAGCUGCACAAUCAUGGAGUGAAUUUUCUGAAAUUUUAAAACACACCAAACCUGGGAAUAAUGGAAAAAUUGGAAUAUAUUUUGAUGUUCAAGAAAUUACUCCUAAUGCUGUGGGUUUUUUCAGAUUUAAUGAUAAAGAUGAACAGGUGGCUUGUUUUACUGAUGAAGAAGAAGUACGAGCUGUUAUUGAAGGACAGUUUCUUGCCAAACGUUAUCAUGCUGAAGGAUUGGGUUAUUCUUUAGGAAUAUCAUCAAAAGUUCUUGCAACUGGGGGUGCCUCGAGAAAUCCUGAAAUUUUACAGGUACUUGCCGAUGUAUUUGGUGCUCCUGUUUAUACCUUGGACACAUCGAAUUCUGCGUGCUUGGGUUGUGCUUACAGGGCAAAGCAUGGUUACCUCAAUGGUGCGAAGUCCUUCUCUGAAGUUACAUCUUCAGCUGCUCCAUACAAAUUAGCUGCAGCACCAAAUACUGCAGUCACUUAUGAUAUUGCCAGAUAUGGUAAACUGGAAGCUGUUGUGACAAGCAAAGCUAAUUGAGGGGUGUGCUUUGAAUAGUUGAAGCAGGUUGUGCAAUAAGUGAUCCUGUGUGCCAAAUCAAUUGUUUCCAAUUUAAUGAACCAGUGGAUAUUAUGUUACUUGUACAUACUUCAAAAUUUUAUAUUGAUCAGUGUGCAAUACUCUUUAAUUAUAUAAUAUUCAAAGCCAUGUGUGGACUGCUAGUAGCUGCAAUUUGAAUAUAUUUUAUGUGAUUGUUCGGCUGACUAGCCUAGUAUAUAUUUACGAUCAAACUGCACGCUAUAUGAGAACUGCAAUAACCAUUAGGGUGAUGUGGCUAUGAGGAAGUUGUUUUUGCAAGUUAAACUAUGCAAAGUUUGCAGUACAAGUUUAGUGCGGUAAUUUGAGUAUUGGUGAAAAUAAAAAUUAUGGUCGUAAUGAGUAAUUGUAGCUCUAAAACCCUGCAGAAAUCUUCUGCUUUACCUCACUUUGGUAAUCUCGUAAUUGAUUCCAAUACAAAUGUUGUUGACGGACAGGCAUCGUGAAAUUACCUGUUAGAGAUAUUUCACUUCAUAAUAUUCAGAAAGUAGUUCACUACUUUUAUCGCGUUAAGGGGUAGCACAAUUCAUCGAGAGUCUGCUACCGUAGUUUUCGUGCAAAAGAGUAUCUUUCCAAGAAGCCAAUUAAACUUUGUAAACAAAGUUUUGGCAAGGUGGGGGAAAGCACAUACACGUCUCACAUUUUAAUUUGAAUUAUAAGAUAUUGCCCGAUGUCACAUCGUGUUUUUGUUUUAUUGUGUUUUGCCUGUUUUUGGGGGACGGG